UUAAAACUGAUAAAAGUGCCGCCGUUUUAUCCGAACUUUAUUUCCUCCAGAAAUGGGCCGCCGGUGUACGUUAGUAAACAAGUAUGUGCGCACUGCGCACCCUUGUUUCUAUAUGAAAAGUAGGACGUUAAUGGCUGCAGAAAGCAAAAAUGACAGUUGGCCAAUCGACCUCCGGGAGUUCCUCUCAUUCAGGAUCUGUGAAAGUUAAUGAGGAGCAACAAUGGGCUGCAACGCCAUCCAAGAUUUUCUAUCAUUUCGGCACCAGCGGGCUCGCUGUUGCCAUGGCCACCGGCGUCACGCAUCCUUUAGAUGUACUUAAAGUUAGGCUGCAGAUGCAACUUGUUGGCCAGAAAGGAACUUUGACGGGGAUGGGAAGUGUGUGCCUGCAAGUUUUGAAACAAGAAGGACCAAGGUCUUUGUAUCUAGGAUUAGCACCUGCCUUGACGAGGUCAGUUCUUUAUGGAGGCCUUCGUUUAGGGCUGUAUGAACCAUCCAAGUAUGCCUGUGACUGGGCAUUGGGUUCUUCAGGUGUAUUGGUUAAGAUUGCGUCUGGUGCAUUUGCUGGUGCUACAGCAACUGCGUUGACCAAUCCAAUAGAAGUUCUAAAGGUGCGGCUGCAGAUGUAUCCAAACUUGAGGCAAGGAGGGCCAGUUGCAGAAAUGCGAAGGAUUGUGUCUGAAGAGGGAGUAAAAGCUCUUUGGAAGGGGGUUGGCCCUGCUAUGGCAAGAGCUGCAGCUUUGACUGCAUCACAACUGGCAACAUAUGAUGAAUCCAAGCAGAUUUUGAUUAGAUGGACACCUUUAGAAGAAGGAUUUUAUUUGCAUCUUAUCUCAAGUACAAUUGCAGGCACAGUGAGCACCGUCAUUACUGCUCCCAUGGACAUGAUUAAAACGCGCCUCAUGCUGCAACGUGAAUCUAAAAGUGCUGGAAGUUAUCGAAAUGGAUUCCACUGUGCAUAUCAAGUUGUGCUUACAGAAGGGCCAAGGGCACUUUACAAAGGGGGCUUUGCAAUUUUUGCAAGAUUGGGUCCUCAAACUAUGAUUACCUUUGUAGUCUGUGAGAAGUUACGGAGGCUUGCCGGACUAAAUCAAAUCUAGGAGUUUGAUCUUCUAUUUUCAGAUGGCCCUUGAAUAUCUCCAGUCCUGUCAGAUUCACCAAACAGCUGCCCUAUGUCACCAAAGUCUCAAAUGAGGGAAUCUCUCAGUUGCAUUUUUUGUAUCCACUCCAUUUCAUAAUAGGCAAACAAUUGUUUAAUUAUUGUCAUUUUGAGGGUUCAAUUAUUUGAUUGAAAGUUUUGGUGGUAAUAUUCUUAUUCUUAUUCUUUGGCCCAGUGUUUUUUUGGGGGGUCUGAAAGGAUAUCAUGAAUAGAGUAGAACUUCUGGAUGUAGUCAUACUUACUUCAUCAGGCAUUAUUGUCUGGAAUGUUAUCAAUAAAGGGGUUGCUGUUUUUUGCUAA